CUUUCCACUUGGAGUGUCCCUGCCACUUCCACAGUGCAGUCGCCUGACACGAACGCCACCGCCGCCGCCGCUGCUACCUGCUGCAGAGAGGCAAAAUGGGCUUUUUGAAGUUCUCCCUCCUCCUGGCUCUUGGCAUCUUCGUCCUGUACCAGGCGGGCAAGCUCCAGGCAGCGCCCUCCAAGUCCUCUGUGGAGAACAGCGCCCCACCUGCUUCACUCAAUGAGGAGGAAGGGGACCUCCUUCUGGCUAUUCUGGUGAGGGAGUUCAUGAAGAAGAUGGCCAGCGAGAAGGAGCGCCUGGCAGAAGGCUCCAGCGUUACUGCCCAGAAGAGAGCCUGCAACACUGGCACCUGCCUGACCCAGAAGCUGGCAGGCUUGCUGAGCAGAUCUGGAAGUGUGGCACACACCAAAAUUCUGCCCCCUGACAUGGUUGCCAACAACUCCGGCCGGAAAGGCAGGGACCUUGAUGCUUAAGCAUCUGAAAGACCCCAGGAAGAAGGUCACCCUGAAGCUGAACUCUACUUCUUCAAAUUCAUCAUAAAAUCAGCUCAGAGGAAUGCAUGGAAGACACACCCUUCUGCAUGUUACUUGACCUUAAAAAC